AUGGACCAGAGGGUCAUUCGUGGGCUUCCGAGAGAGAUGUCAGUCAAUGACAUCAAAGAGGAUCUGGUGAGCCAAGGCAUCGCAGACGCCGUGGUUCAGCAGCUGACCUCAAGGACCACAAAGAAGCCACUUCCGCUCUUCCUCGUCAAGACGAAGAUGCCGGAAAAGCUUGCAGAGAUCCAGAGGCUGGCCAUGCUCACGGUCAGCUUCGAGAGGAAGAAAAAGUCUUCCGAGCCCAGCCAGUGCUACCGCUGCCAGCGGUACGGGCACACACAGCGGAACUGCCGUCUCGCUGAACGGUGCGUUAAGUGUGGAGAGGACCACAACAGCACCAGCUGCAAAGCGGUCAACGCACCGUGGUACGUGCCAAACCGAGUGCUAUACGAAGACCUGAGACAAGUGCCAGUGCUCGAAGUGAUGAAGACCAGAGCUCGGAAGUUCUUCAACAACGCCGAAGAACACGAGAACCAGCUCAUCAAGGCCGCCUUGGACUACGAUCCAAGGUUCAUACAUAGGCACAAAAGACCGAAGAGCCAGCUGCUAGAAGAUAUGGGACACAGCAGCUGA